AACCCCUCUUGCACUCUUUGCCCCUCGACCACUUGCCCAUGUGGGGUUUUUAAUAAGGUGGAUGCAGGAGUUGGUCUUGCUCUCUUCUGGGUGACGCGGAUUGGAAGGGGUUCUUUAUAUUUUCACCAAACUACCAGUUUUUUUGUUUUGUUAUCACUUCCAUAGAGAGGAGCCAUGAAGUGGACCUGGGUCCUUGUGGCAGUUUUGCUGUCAUUUGGGGGUUUUUCGUUGGGCAAGGACAGCCUGGACUUCCCAGAGUAUGAUGGCAAGGACCGCGUCCACGACCUCAACGCCAAGAACUAUAAGUCUGUGAUGAAGAAGUACGAUGUCAUGGUGGUGUACUACCAUGACCAUCCCGGAUCCAGCCGCGUCGCCCAGAGACAGUUUGAGAUUGAAGAGUUGGCCCUUGAGCUUGCAGCCCAGGUCCUGGAUGAGUUUGAUGAUGAAGAUAUCGGAGUCGGUCUCAUCGAUGCAAAGCACGACAAAGCUGUUGCAAAGAAACUAGGACUUGAUGAAUCCGACAGCAUCUUCGUCUUCACCGAUGAUGAGGUCAUAGAAUAUGAUGGCGAGCUUGCAGCAGACACUCUUGUGGAGUUCAUCUUUGAUGUUCUUGAAGACCCAGUGGAAAUUCUUGACAACAGUAAGGAACUAAAAGCCUUCAGAAACAUUGAGGAGGACAUCAAACUGGUGGGCUACUUUAAGAGUCACAAGUCAGAACAUUUUGACGCGUAUGCUGAUGCUGCAGAAGAGUUCCACCCUCACAUCCAGUUCUUUGCCACAUUCAAUCCCAAGGUUGCAAAGGCUCUGGACCUCAAGCUCAAUGAGGUCGACUUCUAUGAACCCUUCAUGGAUGAUCCCGUAGUCGUCCCCGGAAAGCCUUACACCGAGGAUGAGCUGGUGAAAUUCAUUGAAGACAAUGACAGACCAACCCUGAGGAAACUGCAACCCCACAACAUGUACGAGAUCUGGGCUGAUGAUGUCGAUGGUGAACACAUCAUUGCUUUCGCAGAGGAGGCUGACCCAGACGGUUAUGAGUUCCUGGAGAUCCUGAAGGAAGUUGCCGAGGACAACACAGACCACCCCCAUCUCAGCAUUGUCUGGAUUGACCCUGAUGACUUCCCCCUGCUGGUGCCACACUGGGAGAAGAUCUUUGGGAUUGACCUGUCCUCUCCACAGAUCGGUGUUGUUGAUGCUGAUGAUGCUGACAGUGUCUGGAUGGACAUGGACGAUGAUGAGGACUUGCCAUCUGAAGAAGAGCUGGAGGACUGGAUUGAGGAUGUUCUCUCAGGUGAAAUCGACCCUGAUGAUGAUGAUGAUGAUGAUGAUGACGAUGAUGACGAUGACGAUGACGACGAUGAUGAUGAUGACGAUGACGACGAUGAUGAUGAUGACGAUGAUGACGAUGAUGAUGAUGACGAUGAUGAUGACGAUGACGAUGAUGACGAUGAUGAUGAUGACGAUGACGACGACGAUGACGACGACGAUGAUUAUUAAAUCACUGAGUCGUAAUUUGUCUUUAACUCUGACCAAUGCAGUUUCAAGAGUCAAUAUCUGUCUAAACAACAUCUGUUUAGAUGUAACUUAGAUGUAACUUGUAACUUCUUCUUCUGUCGAACUCAUCAGUUCAUUUUGAUAUCGCAUCUAUUCAUCAUCUUCUCUCUGCAUCUCACCAGAACAAUAUUCCAUCACUCGUUUAUCCGUCACCAUAACAUAUUCUCUAAUCCUCCAUGUAACUAAGGACUCAUUAGGAUCCCACAGUACCUUUAUUGUCACAUGUAACAACCACUUAACAUAAUCUGAUACAAUAAAAAAUAUUUUAAAACCUAACCAUCUACUGCUAUUGAUUUUUAUAUAUUAAAGUUUUUAUUUUCUAAAGUACUGGAGGGGUUGCAGUGUUGUAUGCAUUAUGUCUGAGUCCAUCUGUGGAGUCUGUUGCAGUUUGAAUGUGUUUUAUUUAUGUCCACAUUUUUUUUUCUCUGUUUGCCCCCAGUAUCGAAACAAGAGAAGUCAGAUUCAAGGGUGCUAGCAGGUUUUUCUGACGGGUCUUAAGUAUCACCAGCCUGUUCUGUGAAAUCACUGUAAUGUUAUACACUGAAAGUGCUGUACAUCAUAUCGACGUUUUCUAUGAUGAUGAAAUAUGAAAACAGCCGUAUUCUAUUUUUGUAACAAGUGAAAUUUAACUGUAAAGUCUUAAAUAAAUGACAGCUUGGACAGAAA